CAUCGAUCAGUGCUUGUUAUUCGUCAGCUUCUUACACUUGCGGUUCUUGCAAAAGUGAAAAUAAGAGGAUUAUUUUUAAGUGUUUUUAGAGACUACGAAGCCACAUUAUAUGUAAUUGGUACUGAAACUGAAAAAAUGGCGCCACGUCGAAAGCGAAAGAAUUCUGAUAGUGAUCCUGAAUGGGUGCCGGAGUCAGAAUCGGAGGCGGCGGAUCGUGGAGCACAAGCGACACCAUCCGCCAAACGUGCAAAACGAGCAGCUGCAUCUGCGCGUCAAGGCAAUGCCACUAGCCAUCCGCCUGGUAAAAGUCGGGGUACUACCACCACAAGGGAGAGCGUAGACUUUCCCGACGACCUGGAGGAUGAAUUUGAGAUGCAAGAAGAGGACUUCUCAGCCCGCACUAAAGGUUCUGUCCUCGUUGGAAAUCGAGUAGCAGCGUCCAGUACUACAUCAUCUGCAACUUAAGGCAAAAUCACGAGCAACUUCAGACUCGUUGUAAGAACAAGAACGUCUUGAUUUUCUGCGAACCGUUUCUGCGUAUUGAUUACUUCAAUUGAGUACUUAGAUGAGAUUUUUCUUCUCAUAAAUUCAUGUGGAUGUGCGUGUGUUCUUGUACAAAGCGUAGCAGGUUGUACUACACCAUUUUAGGAUUCCACCCGCCAACCGAAGCACCUAUGUAUAAGUUUUUGAGGUGAAUUCAGAGAACGUACGUAUAAGUUCUAAAAGAUAGAUUCGACGACGACGUUGAUCGUGAAGAACGUACAAGCUAGGACGACGGUUGACAUACCAGGUGGCCUGGACCUAGAACGCGUGCGACGGCGCCUAUGGAACGUGGAGCUUGUUGGGGGUGCAGCAGGUCGAAAGUCGAGAGCCGCUCUAGCAGCUCACGGUAGUAUUAAGGGUUGCAAGUUGACCUAUCAGAUCUGUAAGGGGACGAUAUCUUCAUCUGUGACCUUAUCAGAUCUGUAAGCGGAUAUCUUCUGUGACCCUUUUAAGGGAGAAAAGGGUAGAGAUGCGAGCUAUAAUAUUAUAGGUCAACUUUCAACUCCUAAUAGCAGUACUGCUGCAGCAGCAGCAGAAGCAGAAGACACUGGCACAACUAUGGGUGGCUCUACUAGCAAAAAUAUAGGGCUAGAACAAAGGUUCGUAGGGUCUGCAUCAGGGUCGUCGCAAGUGCAGGGUCCUGGUGGAGGUCAACAACAGCAAAGUCUUCGUAAGCGGCAUUUACAGGUGAUGAUCUAUCCACCUAGUUCCGGAAGAGACAACGAGGAGGACGAUAAGUUUCGGAUUUUCACGAGUUUUCGAAGCGACAGACAGCCCAUUGUGGCGAGUAUAUUUCCAAAUGGGACGCUAACGAUUCGCGGGGAUUUGAGGCAAGAAGGAGAAGAUCAUAGUACAACUACAGGCAUGCUACAACAACAUCAACUGUAUUCUGGCAAUAGCAGUAGCACCAGUGCAGCAGAGAAGUUUGAGACUGCUCUCGCUCAGAUUCGAGGUGUCAGCCGUCUCUACCUAAAGAAGCUGGCGAUGCAGGUUCUUAAGGCGCAUGAAGAGCAAAAGGCGCUUGUCGAUGAUAUUAACGUUGAGGAAAGCCCGGAAAGAACGAUGAUAGGAAAGGACGCCAGUGCGGGGCUUCGGGUACAUCAUAGGGAUGUGAACACGAGAGAUGCUGGAGUAAAUGGAGACGCAGACGCAGCAGGAGGUGUGCAUCAAACACAGGAGCGUCGACGAACUAUGCGACACUUUCAAGUGAGCAGCAUCUGGGCUUAUCUUCGUCUGCCUUUCCUCUUAGAUCUUCCCGUUCUUGCACGCGCUUUUCCCAACAACUCCAGCUACAUUCCAGAAGUGAGUCCAUGCCUUAAGCUCGAGCAUGCAUUCGACACACCCGGCCUGAAAAUUAAGCAGGAGUCGUGUUGCGCAAUUCCAUCCAGAAACGAGGACACCGUCUUUGGUCCCUGUUGUAGUAGCUAUCAGUACUUGUUCGUACAGCUACUAGAAGGAAACACAACUUCAAUAUAAAUAAAUAUUCGAAUUCUCAUUUCUACUACUACAAUUCAUUAUUUAAUAUAAGACGAACUGCAAUAACCUUAACGGGAAGAAGACAGGUGUCCGUGUCCUCGGCCGCUUGUGUAUGGAUGCGAUGGCGCAACCUCCUUUAAGAUAAUUAGGGUUUUCAGAUCGGGCGUUGUGGAGUUCUUCUGUUCGAAUCCGGACACGGGACUUCUGCUCGCUGCCGCAGUGCGUAUUCAGACGGAGUGGGACCGCUUUCGGCCGAUAGGUUGACACCCAGAAUGUGGGAGCGCUGAAAACAAGCCCAUAUUUAUUCUACCAAAUAAAAUUACGGGAACAAGUGAGUGGGGUACUGAAAAGCCUCUAUUCAUCCAUGCCCAAAAUGGAAGGAUGAGAUUGAGAACCACACCUUCUAGCUACUUCAUCAUCCACAACUAAUCGACGAGAAAUACAUAAACAAGACUUGCAGGAUGAUAACGUUGUUAUCGAGAAAUUGUGCAGCUUAGACGU